UUUUUACACAAAAAUAAACAGAUACAUUGAAAUUACAUGUCUUGUUUUAAAUAACAAAUCCGAGGUCAUCUAGAUUGUGAAACUGCAAAACACAUGUACCUACCUAAACAUAGCAACGCAGUGUAAACAAAUGCCAGAAGCCGUGGCGGGAGACAAAGGCGCCUCGGAAACAUGAGGAAGAAAUUAGUGCCAGUGGAGAAGGCUAUAUGCAACGUAGUCGCCGUCUAUAGGGAGCGUGGAAAUUAUUUACAGCGCCUGGAGCAAUUUGAGAAAGCGAUACUGGCUUACGACGAGGCUCUGCGCUGGAAUGAUUCCGAUGUGCGUUCACUUCUCGGUCGGAGUUUGGCGAGGGCUAAAAUGACGCAUUACUCGGGAGCAUUAGCAGACGCGGCAAGAGCAGCCGAAUUAGAACCUGAAAACAUGACAGCUCUACAAAUUCGUGCAUAUACUGACUAUGAGAAAUGCACUUUUGAGCGAGCCUUGGUUUUCGCCACCAGAGGUCAACGAGAGCGUCGUUUCCCACCCAACUUUGCUGAGUGUGCCAGACUAGCUGAGGAAACGAUUCGAGAAUGUGUAGGCAAUAAUGCAAGUAAAGUUUUAUCUGCAGCUGUAUCUCUUUUGCAUCGGAUCGAAUUAAAAAGAGAUUCUAUUGAUGUUGAAACACCUGCAGUACUGCAGCGAAAAAGUCGAAUGCAAUCGCAACCUAUGCACCAGGUACAAGAAAUUUCGCGUGCUGAACAACAGAGGGUGAAACGAAUUUCACGGUUGAUGGCAUCUAAAUAUUUAGAGCAAAUGGCCUAUGAUAAAUAUUUUCUCACUAAUUUAUGUAAAGAUGAAAGAUUGGCGUCAGCUAAUAAAAAAGGAGCCAUACAAUUGCAAGAAUUAGCUAAUAAAGCUUUAGAAAAUAUUGAAAAACGUCAGGCUGUACUCCGAAUACGUCAGCCUAUGUAUGCCGCUGUAGCUUUAGAAGCAGCUGCGAGAGCACGUCUUUACAAAACACGUAAAGAGCAACUCACCCGAGCUCAAAAACAGCAUAUCAGAGAUGCGGAAAGACUUAUAAGAGCAGCACGAGUCACAUAUGAAGAGCGAGAUACAAGCAACUGCUUAGAAAAUGCAGAGUUUGCAAUGGAACAAAUAUCAAGAAUACCAGCAAACUUACUACCUGGGAAAGAAAAAUUCUUACAAGAGUUAUACAAUAUAGUUGCUGAAGCUUUCUUAGAUCAGAAACGUGUUAAAACAACUAUGAGUGAGACUGAUCGUGAAAAAAGAGCGUUUAUAUUGCUCGGCAUGGUGUUAUCUCGUGAGCCGAGUCGUGAUUCGGUGCUGCGGGUUCGACCACCAGCGCCACCGCGGGAUGCCAAACGUCGCUUGCGAGUUUUGGAGAGAGGUUUAACAUUAAGCUCUCGUGCGCCCGAACGCUGUUACAUACUCCAUGAACUAGCGCGGCUGCAUGUAGAUACUAAGCAAGCGCACAGAGCGCGCUUCUACGCUACUAAAUGUCAAGCUGAAUGCCGUGCUGCAAACCAACGUGUGUGGCUUUUAAACGCCACAUUUCUUCUAGCGCGCUGUCAUUUGCUACAAAAUAAUCGCCCAGAAGCGCGCGCUGCCCUCAUAGAAGGAACAGGAUUAUCACGCACAUUUGGAUAUGAUGAUGUAGCUGCAUUCUUUGAUACUUGCGUAAACAUCUCACUAGAAGGCGACAUAGUCUCGACAGAAGCCGCCCUGGAAAAACGUGAAAAAGCCAUGGUAAGCUUGAUGCAAGACGAUGAUUUACGAUCUGCUGCUGAGCACCUCUUUAGAAGGAUGUCAGUCAUACCAGCAGCCAGACGAUUCUCUAUAAUGCCAGGCACGCGUGUGGAGGAUCCUAUGCCUCCCAAUGCUGCCAGUCGUCGCAUAUCCAUCAUACCCCGGGCUCAACAACCCACGCGUAUACAGUACAGGACAUGCCGUACAUUGGGAUUCCAAGAUUUCGACAUAUAAAUACAACCUUUAUUUUUAUAUUCGAAUAUUUUUAUAAAUUAUGAGUUAAAUUCGUCGACAUUUAUAUGUAUGACUGAUUUUAUACGAAUAUAAUACUUGGUUUAAGCAAUCGGAUACUUAUACAGUAAGUACCUGUGUAUACAGCAUUUUUUUCAUUUUAUGCCGAUUCUAAUGUCAGUUAUAGUAUAAUGUUAUCGAAUCAUUUUGGUAUUAAAUAUUUAUUUUCUAAUAUUUUUCAUGAUUUAUUUAUUAUUAAUGUAGUUAUAUUUAUUAAAUAUAUUUUUAUUGAAAUAUCUUCUUUAU